UACACAUAUUACAAACGCUUCAAAAAGAUUCAAAACACGUCUACGUAUGUUAAAAAACAUAAUAAACAUAAUAAACACAUUAUAUCUUAUAAUCACUUCAAGAACAAGCAUAAAACCUAAUAAUCUAUGUCAAAGACGAAUAGAAUCCAAUUAUAAACAAUAUUUUAAGAUAAAAUUCAGUAUUAAAACACCCUAUAUUAAAUUUCGAGGUUUCUAUACCAACCGGAAGAACAUAAAACACUCAAAGACAACAUUUUAGCCUUAUUUCAAGUAAAAAUAUUCAAAAAUCACGAUUGACCUCACCAUGGUAGAUUAGAUCAAGCGUAGCAAACAUCACAGUAGACUAAAAGUGCAGAGGAAAAGUAAAGUAGUGUUACCAAGAAGACACGACACGUCAGUUGAAAACGGUCGAAUCAUCGUUUGUGGUAGAAGUACUCAGUCAACUCGACUGAGCGCCAACUUAACUAUGACCAUCAGAAUUCGGUUGUCAGUCGUUAGCAGUUCGUCGGUUGUGCGGUGGUUCCUCGCUUCGCUUCUCAACCAUUUACGCUGGUAGCGAGAAGCGAGAAGUGAAAAGUUUCACUUACUGUUCACUCACUGCUCAACUACCUAAGUUGUAUUGUUGCACAUUCACUGAUUCACCACGACCGAACACUAAACUAUUCAACAGGCAACAAAAGCAACAAAAAACACAAAAGAAAAGUGAAUGCAAUUACACUUUAUAUAACUUGAAUGUAAUUUAAUUAAAACAAGUGUUACCAGCGGUAAUAAUCUAAUAAUUUAUAACAAACACGAAUACGGAACUGAAUCAUCUGUAGUUUGCCUGUGAUGGACGUCAAAAGUGUGCAACACGUGCGUUUCAAUGUCAUUUAACUAAAACAGCAUGAAUUCAAAUGUUGCUAGUACUAAUACAUUGAUUGAUUACAUUUAAAUACUUUAAAUAUACAAGUUUAAGUAGACAAGUUGGUGCGGGCAAAGUGUGACUGUGAUAGCAACAAAUUAAUCGCAUUUAAUUCCGCGGUGCAGUCGUGCUACUCGGCGAAAUGGAACGAGCGCUAGGAAUAGAAAAUCAAUUGGCGAACGGAAGUCCACAAUGGAUUGAUGAAUCAAUGGAUUCACCGUUAACCUCGACGAUGCCGAAUGAUAAAUACUUGGAAGAUGAUGGCACCGUCUGGGGUUUGGUUAUGAUUGUCUUUGGUGCCUUGGCUAUAAUUAUCAUCAUGUUUCUCAUCGCAUUAUUCAUCGACUGUCGCCAACAAAAAUUAGCAGAACUCCAACAAGCAAAGCACGCGCAUCACGUUCAACGCCGCAAGAAGAUGCGAUUCAAAGGUCCGACCUUGGCAAAACCAUCGAAGAAGACACUGAAAGUUUUGCGUACAAAAUGCAAACUCCAAUGUCCGAACCGCCUGUGUAAAAUAUAUUUUUAUCACGCUAGGUUUAUUAAUAAUACAUAUCGCCAUGUUUGUGGUUAGGUUAAAACACAUUUUAAAGAUAUACGUAAAAAAAUUUAAUCCCAUAACUCAAAUACAAUUCUGAAACUUCUCGAAACUGUCAACGUAGAUAUAUAAACUUCUAUAUCUAAAUAUAAUGUGAUGUAAUUUUAAGCAAUACACCAUGCAACAACUAUUUUUAUAGGUUAUGUAAGUUGUGAGGUUAUGCAUCGCCUGCAUGCAUGCAAAUACAUAACAUUCGUUAUUGUAACAUUAACACGUUACAAACCCUGUAUGUUUAUUUAUUAAAUCGUCGAAUGUCAAGCCCAAGACUGAUUUGUAACGAAUUUUGAAAGAUCUAGUCGUGGAUACGAUUUACGAAUUAUAGCUGAACAAUAAAUCAUUCCCCAAUA